AUGGCCACCAAACGCCUGGCCAGGCGGCUGGGGCUGGCGCGGAGCAGCGCCCGGGCGCGGAGCGGGGCGCGGGCGGGCGCGGGGCAGCGCUUCGCCUUCCUCAUCGUGCUGGACUUCGAGGCCACGUGCUGGGGGGAGAGGCAGCAGCGCUGGCCCGAGAUCAUCGAAUUUCCAGCAGUCCUGUUAAACACCUCAACGGGAGAGAUUGAAUCUGAGUUCCACGUGUAUGUCCAGCCUCAGGAGCAUCCUGUUCUCUCUGAAUUCUGUACAGAACUAACUGGUAUAACACAGAAUCAAGUUGAUGAAGGGGUCCCUCUCAACAUUUGCUUAUCACAAUUUAUGAAAUGGAUUCAAAAGAUACAAAGGGAGAAGAAAAUUAUAUUCAGUACAGAUACUCAGAGUAAUUUCUCUUCGGAAGCGAAAGCUUGUACCUUUGUUACUUGGACAGACUGGGACCUGGGUGUGUGUCUGCAGUACGAGUGUAAAAGGAAGCAGCUGCGAAAACCCGACAUUUUGAAUUCCUGGAUUGAUCUCAAAGCAACAUACAGGGCCUUCUAUAAUAGGAAGCCUAAAGGGCUAAAUGGAGCUUUGCAGGAUUUGGGGAUAGCUUUUGUAGGACGGGAACAUUCUGGGUUGGACGAUUCUCGGAAUACUGCUCAUCUUGCUUGGAGGCUGAUUUGUGAUGGAUGUGUGCUGAAGGUUACUAAAUCUUUGGAUAAGGCACGUCUGCAGGGUAAUUUAAUUGCCAGAACACUGGCUGGAAACUUCACUGACAAGACUCCACUGGGAAGUAAGAGCAGGCCUGAAACAUCUAGAGAUGGAACAUUGGAAACAAACUCUCUGGCUGAGAACAAAUACUCUUUUGCUGGAAACAACAUAAAUUCUAAUGCACAGACCAAGGAACAGCAGACCACUUGUAACUCAGCAGAUGUCCAUGGUGUACCCAGCAGCAGCUCAAGGACUGAAUUCCAUGCUCAAUGCCAAAGCCCUUCAGCAGCAUCUAGUGACAGAUUUCCUGUUCCUCUUGAGCUGGCACGGCCAUCUCCCAGUCCUGCACCAACAGGCAUCCAGCAGGGAUUGAGCAAUGGGCAGCUUCUGGGUACAGCCAGAUACAGCCCCCCAGUACAGGGACCAGGACUGGUGCUCGUCUCCACUACCAUCCCCUCAGUUACUGUCUCCAGUGAGGAGAUCAGUACCAGUGCUGACUGCUUGUCUCUGCUGACAGACUGGGAAGAUGUUGCUUUAAUACCAGAAUCUCAGUAUGAACAAAAUUCAGACUCUGUUCAGCUCAAGGAUGACUCGAGUACAGAUAGUUUAACAGUGUUUGAAGAAAAAACAAUUUCAAAAGAAUUGGCUGUGGCAAGUUCAGAUAAUCAGAGUUUGGAGAAAAGUGUAGUAUCCAUGGAACCUCUGAAACCUGUCAUUUACAAAAGUCCUGAUACUACAAUCUAUAAUGUAGGAACAGUGCAAAGGCAGACUUCAAAUUUUUCAGCUUUUAAGUUACCAUUUGCAAAGGGAAAUACCAUUUCAGCACUAACUGGAAAUUACUCUACUUCUUCAGAGGUUCCUAAAAGAAAGCCAACUAGUCCAAAAACAUUCCCACCAGCAAAAAAACAGUCUUUGGCUAUAUAUCAAGAGAAGACUUCAUCUUUUGAUCAUUCCUUACCUUUGAGAAGUUCGAAUUUGCCCAAAGUGUCUCCUGCCAUUCUGAACUCCACGGUCAACUUGAAUCCGCGUGUAAGAGCUGUGAGAAGUGGAAAACCAACUCCCCCUCUGUGCAACUGCGGUCGAAGAGCCAAAAAACUCUGUGUGUCAAAUGCUGGCCCAAAUCAUGGCAAAGCAUUUUUCUGUUGUCCUGUUGGCAAGCAAAACAGUAACAGAAAAGGUUGUGGAUACUUCAAGUGGGAACAUGCACUUCUCAAAGAGAAAUCUAAUGGUCUCCCCCUGAAUGCGGAUGCUUUGACACCUCUUAGAACUGUUUCUAGUAAUUUAGGAAAUUCUUCCAACAAAAGCUAUUUAUGUCUUAGACCCUCUAUGAGAACAUGAAAAUGGAUAAAAUUUUUUGUCUGAAUCUUAAACUCACUAAGUUUCAUGCUUGAUGUAAUCAGGACAGUCAAAUGAUAUUAGAUACAUGUUCUCAGAAUGGGACAAAACAGUUCUUGGUUAACACAGAUAGAAAUGGAAAUUGCUGAAGCACACAAAAAUAUCAGUAAAUCCUAAAGUAACUCAUUAAUGACGUGUGAGAGAACAGAUAAAACUGUAAUUGCUAAAAUUAAAGUAUGAGCAGCUGUUGCUACAGAUCUUAAAUUUCUGCUUUAUUAUAUAUUUUAAAUUCUUUACUAGCCUAGUCCUUAAAGACAAUUUUAAUGACACAGAUUUUAUUUGCACUUUUUUGUAAAUAUACUUGGGAUGACUAUAACUAACUUUUAAAAAUCUAUUUAGAAGUUGU